CUUUCAUCGUACUUUACUGCAUAUCUCCUUCAUUUUCGCUAUGACAUCUUCCCUUCUACCACUCGAACUAAGACUUCGGACCCUUGAAGCCCAAUUAUUCGGCGUCCCACCUUCACUCCUUUCCAACCCCGACUCUCCCUCUUCAACAUCACCGUCGGCGUUUUCCACCCCGGCGGUCACUCGACGGAUACUCAGCGUCGCACAAGGGCUGCACCAGCUAGGUGAAUCGAGCGAUGGUGUAAAGCGACUUCUUGAAGGGUAUGAGCAAUACCUGCCCCUUCUCGCAAUACCUGCUGCCACCGGGCCAUCCCCCAAUUCUUCGGCACCAGACCCAAACGCAACCCCAUCCACUGAGGAACCUAACUCAACACCAAGGCCAACACCGAUCCACGAAUCAUCCCUCCUUCCAGACUCUGUAAAGCUCGCCAUGAUCCUCGAAGCUGCCUCUGACAUCCGCGGAGCUGAACGGGACUUGAGAGAGAUUGAGAUUUUGAAGAAUCGACAGGUAGAAGGCAGUGGGGAGCUUGAACAGCUUUUACCCUUAAGACCAAACUUGAUUCAAGCCAUGCAGGAAGUAUCUGAAGAAUCCGACAAGGUAGAAGACGCACGAAGGAAUGUCGGACAGCUGCUCUUGCGGUAUAACGAUUUCAUGUCUACGGUAUCGGAAUUAUUCAUUGACUUACAUCACCAGAUGGAGGAUCUGGAAGAAGGUGUCCUGAGAGUGGAGAGGAAGAGACGGAAAGAGCUGGCUUCGCGAUAUUGAAUAUUCGUCAAUUUUGAUUUCGUCGGAUGAUGGUGACGAUGGGAUAAUGGUACGGCGAUUCGAGCAGUUUGGCGGAUAAUGGAAUGAUUGAAGUGGAACGGACUCUUUCGAUUGAACUGAUAGAGGUUGUACAAAUGCGAAAGUCGAUGCCCUGCAUGAGAUUAUUGGGAGACGACCAUGAUGCUAAGGAAAAAUGCUAUAACAUGUACUGCUACAACCAUUG